AUGUCUUCACUCUCAGACGAGACACUCAGAAAGAUCCUGGUGCAAAUCCAACAAACCGCAAUUCAAUCGAAGCGCGCUCUCGAUCUGUCGGUGCAGCAAACAUCAGCAAAGGAACGUGAACGAAGGAUCCUACAGCUUACCAUCGAUGAAAUCAGCCAAAUUCCUGGAGACAUCAGAACGUACAAAGGCGUUGGAAAGAUGUUCAUGCAGGUCCCCCGUAAAGAGAUGGAGCAGGAAUUGAAGGGACAGGAGAAGGAAUUGACAGACGACAUUACCAGUCUCAACAAGAAAUCGAAGUACUUAGAGAAGCAGUUCUCCGACGCGCAAUCACAGCUACGGGAUAUCUUCCACAAUGCUCCCAAAAACCAGUAA